AUGUUUCGUCGUCUGGCUGUCUCAUCGCUGCAGCGCAGCGUUCCAAAUCGAGGCUUCUGUAAUACAUUGAAGCUUCUUAACCUUGAUUACCAAGCCUACAAGACUGCUACUGUACGUGAAGUGGCACCUGAGUGGGCGGGAAAGGCUGUAAUGAAUGGUAAAAUAAUGGAUAUCAGUAUCAAUGACUAUAAGGGCAAAUAUAUUGUUCUUCUCUUUUAUCCUCUGGAUUUCACAUUUGUCUGUCCGACUGAAAUCACAGCCUUUUCAGACGCCUCUGCAGAGUUUGAAAAGAUCAAUACUCAAGUGGUGGCAGUAUCGUGCGACAGCCAUUUCUCACACUUGGCGUGGAUUAACUCCCCUCGGAAAAAGGGAGGUCUUGGUGAGAUGAAUAUCCCUGUGCUUUCAGACUUUACGAAGGAAAUUGCUCGUGACUAUGGUGUUUUGAUUGAGGAACAGGGUGUUGCUCUUCGUGGUCUUUUUAUUAUUGACGAUAAAGGAAUUCUUCGUCAUAUCACCAUAAAUGACCUACCUGUCGGUCGCAGUGUUGAAGAAGUGCUUCGUGUUGUGCAAGCAUUCCAAUAUGCUGACAAAAACGGAGAUGUGAUUCCUUGUAAUUGGAGACCAGGAAAGCCAACAAUGAAGCCUGAGAAAGCGAGUGAGUACUUUGAGAAGAACAUGUAA